CAUUUAGUUCUUCUGUUAGCUUUAGCAUGAGCACUUGGCUUCAUUUGCUGUUCUUCUGUGCCCGCUGGCUGGGCGUCUCUCCACCGAGCGAGCAGCUCAAAUAUCCACAUCUAGUUUGGUCCUUGCUGCUUCUGGGCUGUGUCUGGUUCUUCACGCUGCGUCGCUUGAUCACCAUGAAGUUCUACAAGCAAGUCUUGACCAUACAGAAGCUCUUCUAUUUCGCAGAGUAUCCAGCGAACAUGUUGCUUACGGCUCUGUUCUCAAUGCGUAUUUAUCGUAGCGAAGAUUUCUAUAGACGUCUCUGGCGGCAGCUGAGUCGCCUCAAAGCGCAGCUCUUUGUGGAUGCAGAUGCGGCUCGACUACUCGAUACAGGAUUACGAAAACAUAUAUUGAAACUGUUUUGCAUUAUACUUGUCUUUCAUUCGCUCUGCGUGCUGGUGGACAGCGCCUGGCUUAAUUUUGAAUUACUACCCAGCAUUGCCAGCAAUUGUGCCCAUCAGCUGCCCAGCGCAAUCAUCAACUUUAGUCUGCUGCAAUAUAUAUUGGCUCAUCAUUUGCUCGGGCUGUUUUAUGUGAAGCUGAACCAGCGUCUGGCGGAGCUACAGCAGCGUCCAGCUGGAAUUCAGCUAAAGCUGGAACAGCUGCGUCUAACAAGCAUCGCCUUAGAUGGCAUUCAGUCCAAGUUAUUGGGCAGAUUUGAGUUUGCAUUGCUCGUGAGCUUUGGCAAUUCGUUGCUGAGCUUCUCCUAUGAAACAUUCAAUACAUUUCGGCUUCUGGAGCUGGCCCAGUGGAGGGACUGGGUGCUCUAUUGCUAUCGCGCGUUGUGGCUGCUGUUGCAUGGGUCUCGCACUUGGUUUGUGCUGCGCGCUAAUGAGCGCAUUAUAGAGCAGAAAUGCCAGCAACGCCUGCUUCUCAAUCAACUAGACGCGAGCGACACCCGCUUGGAACGUUCUAUUAAUCGUUUUUUGCUGCAGCUCCAGUCGAACCACAACCAACCCUUGGCGCUCUGCAUCGAACUGGACACCCUGUCGCUGGGCGGGUUUAUCAACGCAUUGCUGGUCAUUGUUAUAUUCCUUAUACAAAUCGAUUUGGGCAAUAAAUCGCUAAAGGGCUUUGUCUGAAUAAUGGUUACUCAAUAAAGAAGAGCGUGCUAGGCUUUUGCUGUUUCAUUUCUUUGCGAGAUGCGUUCACG